AUGCUGCUCAGGAGAUUGCAGAUCCAACUUCUGGGGUUGCUGGUUGCAGCGACGUUGGCGGCGGCGACGACUGUGGGGAACAUCACCACCGUGACCAAGAUACCAAAGUGUGCGCUCCGAUGUCUGGUGGAGGAACUUCCCGCCUCAACCUGUCCCAGCACCACCCUGGACAAACACUGCAUCUGCAAGAACCACGACCUCAGAAGGGCGGUUUAUGACUGCCUCACACUCAAGUGUUCCGUGAGAGACAACUUUGCAGCCAUCAACAUCACCGCAACGGCAUGCGGGGUCGAGCCAGUCUCGACAGUGGACAUAUCCAUCGAGUUCUAUGCCACAUUCACCACACUGACCGUCAUAUUCAUAUCCGCCAGGAUGGCCACCAAGAUUGCAGGAAUCUCAACUUGGUGGUGGGAUGAUACCACCAUCGUAAUCGUAUUCAUCUCCUUCAUCUAUGGCGUCCGCUACUUUGUCAACAUGGCCCUGAUCAAAGCAUCCAUCCUGUUCGGUCUGCUGCGCGUCUUCCCCAACAAGAAUUUCCGCCGCGUCCUGUGGGGGACGCAGAUUUUCAACCUCUUCUUCACGCUCGCCAUGCUUGGUGCUUGGUUUGGACAGUGUCAGCCCAUGAGCUUCUACUGGCUGGGGUGGGACGGGGAACACGAAGGGUCCUGCGUCGACAAGAAGGCCGUGGCUCUGGCGCAUGCCGGGAUCCACCUCAGCCUCGACGUCUGGAUACUGGUUCUUCCCAUCAACCAAAUCGCUGCCCUGAACCUCGAGAAGAAGAAGAAGGUGGGCGCCGUGCUCAUGUUUGGCGUGGGCAUAUUUUUGACGAUUGUGUGCGCGCUACGAAUCAACGCACUCGUGGAUGGGACUCGACCCCGAAGUAUCAGCACCCGAGGCUUCUGGACUGCGUUAUGGUCCAACAUUGAGAACAGCGUCGGGAUCAUGGUGGCGUGCAUGCCGGCGAUGCGCAUCCUCUUCACGCAGCUCAUCAUACCCAAGAUACGGGAGAGCAUGGGAGAACGUCGGCACUCGGUGGCACCAUCUACAGCACACAGCAAGGCGGGAACGACCAGCACCUGCAACACGAGACCGAACACUUACUCGCACCACUCCAGAGGCAGAAGCCUGCAGCAGGUGCUGAACAUAUCGGAUAUAGAGUUGAUUGGGGAGAGGCAGGACGAGAGGGAACGAGAUGUGGAGUUGGGAGAUAUGGGGGAUCUUGGACUGGGAGUUCCGGGGAAGAAGGAGUCGCCUGCCACGGUUGUGGCGCAGGAGCGUCCACUCUGA